GGUGAGUUAAAGUAGACACCAUAGUAUUAUUAUAUUGCACAUUAAGAAAAGAAAGAGAAAGAACGUGGGGUGCUGCUGGAGCAGACAAAUUAAGAUCAGAGAAGAAGUGGGGACCUUACUCCACCGCCCAUAAGGUACCCCUUAAACACGCAGGCUUUGUCAAAAAUCAAUCCCAAUCCCCAUCUAUUCCUUUCUCUUGGUAUAUCAAACCCUAACCUCUUCCAACCCCAGUUUUAUCUCAGGCUCUAUAUGGUCAAUUCAGCUGGUGAAACCCCAAAUCAAUUCAGCUUAUGGGUUCUGGUUUAGGGAAUUAAAAGAAGAGAUUGUAGAACGAGUGCAAAAUUCAAGCGAUGGAUCCAGUUACAUCACAUGGUCUUUCACUUCCACCUCCAUUUAAUUUUAGAGAUUUCAAUCUUCACCAUCACCACCAGCAGCAUCAGCAUCAGCAUCAACAACAACAAGAACAUCAACAUCAAUUUCAUCACCAAAAUUCCGAAGACGAACAAAGUGGAAGCAGCAGUGGUUUAAAGAAACGGGAUCGAGACGAUAACAACAACAACAGUAGCAGCGGUGGAAAUAACGAAGAGAAAGACCUUAGUUUACAAGGCACUGGUGAAGGAGAGAUCAAUAGAAGACCAAGAGGCAGACCUGCUGGUUCCAAGAACAAGCCUAAACCACCAAUCAUCGUAACCCGAGACAGUGCCAAUGCUCUCCGUACUCAUGUUAUGGAAAUAGGUGAUGGUUGUGACAUUGUUGAAAGCGUUGCAACAUUUGCAAGAAGACGCCAAAGAGGGGUUUGUAUAAUGAGUGGAACCGGGACUGUAACAAAUGUAACCCUUAGACAACCAGCUUCAGCAGGUGCAGUUGUGACUUUACAUGGUCGAUUCGAGAUAUUAUCAUUAGCAGGAUCAUUCUUGCCACCACCAGCACCGCCUGCAGCUACGGGAUUAACCAUAUAUUUGGCUGGUGGACAAGGGCAAGUUGUAGGUGGCAGUGUUGUAGGUACACUUACAUGUUCAGGCCCCGUUGUAAUCAUGGCAGCUUCUUUUAGUAACGCCGCUUAUGAGCGGCUCCCAUUAGAAGAAGAAGAGCCACAGCUUCCAAUGCAAGGGGGUGCAAUUGGAUCACCAACUGCAGGUGGAGGGCAACUACAGCAACAAGAACAACAAGCAUUAGCUGAGUCAAAUGUGCCUCUUUUUCAUGGAUUAGCACCUAAUCUUCUCAACCCUAUUCAAUUACCAAAUGAAGCAUUUUGGCCUUCUGGUCGUCCUCCAUUUUAGCUAACAGUUUCCAGCACUGAAUUUGUAGCUAGUUAGGAAAUUUGGGUUUUCAAGAAGCAAUCAUUUUAGGUUUCGUUUUUCUUUUUUCUUUUUACUUUAAUACUUCUCUUUUCUAAUAGUGCAUUUCAUUUUAUUAUCUUUCAAUGGAAAGCUAAACCAGCAAAUACUUCAUUA